AUGGCAGCGUCCUUGCACCACCCGGAGGCGGAACGAGAGCGCAUUCGUGAUUUAUCUAGAUACUAUUGUACUGUCGACCGUCCUGUCCUCCGAUUGGUAGCCGCCGACGACCAGGAUUCCCAUGUUGAUAUCCCCGACGACGAGACCCCCCCCGACAUUCGCCUCUCCUCUGAUAUCACCCUGACCGCGCUGGCCCAGUUGGGAGUCUACCGUUUUGGUUGCAACCGCUCCUACGUCUCCAUCAUCGACGGAGUACAUCAGUACAUCAUCGCCGAAGCCACCAAGUCUAUCUCGUUGCGCGACAAGGAUCGUCAUGACCCGGACGAUGGCAUCUACCUCGGGGUUCGUACUCUCGAUUUGAUCUGGGGCGUCUGUCCCCAUUCCAUCGCAUUGUUCACCGGCCAAGACCCUUCCAAAGUCGUCGACUCAGCCAACGUGACCGCCAAUCUCUCCCGUUUCAUCGUCCGAGAUUUCACCAAGGAAGACUUCUAUAAGGAUCGUCCUUACGUCGUCGGCUGGCCUCACUUUCGUUUCUACGCCGAAGUCCCGAUCUACAGCCCCGCCGGUUACGUCCUCGGCUCCUUCUGCAUCGUCGACGAUCACCCGCGCGACCACUUCGGAGAUGCCGAAGUUGCGACCCUGCGCGAGAUUGCCGAUGCCAUUUCCGGGCACCUUGAGCAUGUCCGCAUCGCACACUAUCACCGCCGCGCCGAAAACCUGGUCAAAGGCUUGACGAGUUUCGUCAAGGGUCAUUCCGAGUUCGACCCGACGGAAGUCCCCCCGGUGACUGUGCCUAGUGACCCAUUACCGUCCACCGACUCGGAAGUGCCGCCCUGGGUGGAACCUGAGACUUCUCCCGAACCCUCCGAACCUCCUAUUGGGCGUCCUUCGACUGCAUCGGUGUUGACCGGGGAGUUGACAUCGCUAUUUUCGGCGGUGACCUGCUCAGAACAGAGCACUUCAUCGACCUCGGUCAAUCCCGCUCGGGCCACCACAACCGACGAAGACUUAUCCGAUACGCGGGAAGCCUUUGUUGGAGCGUCUGAUCGCGCGGAGUUCCCCGCCGUGUCGGUGCGGACUCCUGCAAGUAUCUCCGAUAAUCUGGCGCGCAUCUUUGCCCGGGCCAGUGCCACCUUGCGUGACUCGAUGGAUCUGGACGGUGUCUUAUUUUUAGAUGCCUCUCGGAGCAAUUCUGGAGUUGUCCGACCGGGCGAUGCAGGUUCGUGGGAGCCAUUGCCGACCACCGCCAACCCGGAAUUUCUUGCGGACCCGUAUCCGAGUCCGGUAGACCUACCUGGCGUGGGGUCUCUCUCCAAGGCCUCGGAGCGACCAUGUGAUGUGCUGGGAGAGGCGCGCCAUCCCUCAACUACCGCAUCCACGGACCACAACCCCGUCACCGAGGAUCUGUUAAAUCGUCUGGUGGCAUUCUUCCCGCACGGCCAAUUCAUCAACCUCCACGAGGGUGUUGCCGCUGCUAUGCCAGCCACCGCAUCCCAGCCCGCCACUCCCUCCGAGGAGUCCUCGGAUCAAUUCGUGGAGAACCAACGUACAAGUGUCGCAGAUCUAUGCCGCGAACUGCAACAAUGUUUUCCUGAAGCGUACUGCGUGCUUUUCUAUCCAUUAUGGGACUGGAACCGCUCGCGCUGGCUGGCCGGAACGCUCGUCUGGACACAGGGCAGUGAUCGUGCGCUAGACAUGGAAGAGCUCCACUAUUUCAAAGUCUUCGGCGACUCCAUCAUCUCCGAAGUGGCUCGGAUCGACUGGGCCACGAUUCAGCGCUCCAAGUCCGACUUCAUUUCUUCCGUCAGCCACGAACUGCGAUCGCCAUUGCAUGGCAUCUUGGCAAGUGCUGAGCUGUUACAAUCGAGUCCGCUGGAUGCUUCUCAGGCCCAUUGGAUGAGUAUGGUUCAGAGCUGUGGGUUGACUCUUCUCGACACGCUAAAUCAUCUGCUCGACUUUGCCAAGAUUAAUAACUUGACCACAGGGGAGGACGCUGGAAAUGAUAAGCCAUCGAACUCCCGGUCGGCCAAUCUCCUGACCGUCUUCGAUCUCGAUGCUUUGGUGGAAGAAGUGACCGAUGUUCAGUAUACAGGUCAGCGACUGGGCCGGACGAUCAACCCGCUCACACGACGUCUGAUGCACUCGCCUGCCGAUGCGGCAAUCAAGGAAGGAGAGUUGACAGUCGUAGUGCGUGUGCAGGACCGACAGGCGUGGACCGUGCAGUCCGUAGCCGGGGCUUGGCGGCGCAUUGUCAUGAAUCUGCUUGGAAACUCCCUGAAAUGGACCAAGACGGGAUUUAUUGAGGUCUCACUUUCCAAGGCACGACGCAAAUCCGACCCACAAUCGAUUUUUGCUCAUCUCACGGUUACCGACACUGGACGUGGCAUUGCGCCCGACUUCUUGAAACAUAAGCUCUUUUCACCUUUCGCGCAGGAAGACUCUCUUUCGGAGGGGCUGGGCUUGGGCUUCAGUAUAGUGCGGCAAUUGGUUUCCUCUCUUGACGGACACAUCAACGUUCGCAGUGAGUUGGGCAUCGGUACGCAGGUGGAUAUCUUUAUCCCUGUGCGCUUACUGGUACCAAGCGACGCAAAUGGAGCGCCUGGCGUAGGGUUCGCUUCACCACCCGCUCUGCCAAUGGCGCCCUUGCGAUUUUCCCUCGUCGGCUUUGACAGCUAUCCGCACCCUCGGGAGGUCCCGACAGGCAUUUUGCCCGCCGAGGCCAAGCGCAAGUUGGCAAUUCGCAGUUCACUGACCUCGGUCCUACUUAAACAGCCUGGCUGGACUUUGACUCAGGCCGAGUCGCUAGCAGACGCUAAGUGCGAAGUCGCUGUGAUCGAGGAGGAAUCUCUCAGUAGGGCCAUGGCGACCAGCAAGUUACAGCCUGCGAUGGGCGCUGUUGGCGGCUACAAGUUUCUCCUCGUACUAGACAGCAAUCAGGAUCUGAUACGCGAUACCAUGGCGCCGAACAUGAUUCGGGUCUCUCAACCAUUUGGCCCCCGUAAAUUUGACGACGUGAUCAAUCGCAUACUCCUUCUCUACUAUGAAUACAUCAAAAACCCCACACCGUGUCAAACACCUCUCUCCCCCCCGACAGUUGACCCUACUCCCGAACUUCUUCAAAGCAUGUCACCGGCGCCAACACCAUCGCCCGACUCUCGCCAGUCAAACUCCAUUCCCUCUGCUAAACCUUUAAAGGAUGUGCAUGUGCUCAUUGUGGAUGAUAACGAUAUCAACUUGAAGAUCUUGGCCACGUUCAUCCGCAAACUGGGCUGCAGCUAUGACACCGCCUCCAACGGGCUGAUCGCUCUCAAUACAUACAAAAGUGCCUCCCGACGCCAUGAUAUAGUUCUCAUGGACAUCUCCAUGCCCGUCAUGGACGGCAUCACCUCAACCGAACAAAUCCGUCGGUACGAAAAGAAAAUGGGACUCAUCCCCACCCGCAUCAUCGCGGUGACCGGGCUCGGCUCGGCGGACCAGCAGCAAGAGGCGCUGGCCGCGGGAGUGGACGAAUACCUGGUCAAGCCCGUCUCGCUGAGCGGGCUGAAGAAAGUAAUGAAGAUCACCUAAUCAUCGAUAUGAUGCACGACUAUUUCCCGCAGUCUAGAUGUACACGGUCUAGAACUCGUUUCUGUUUUACCCCCCCCCAACCCGGGAUCGGAAUGACGGCGAUAGCUGGCCUCCGGAACGGAUUCGCUUACCUGUCACAUUAUCCAUCUUCUGUAGAUAAAGUGUGCAAAAGUACAUAUAUGUAUAUAAUGUUAGUGCUGGU